GAAAGGCUCGAUAUAGGUGGGCUGGAGAUGGCGAUGUUGCUGUGGUGGUAGAAGUUUGUGCCCCUAGAAGAAGAGGAAGAAGAGAAACAGACGAAAGUGAAGCUUGUUUACCUUUCAGGCACCUCAUCAUAGUAAAGAGAAAACAUCUCUCAGAAUGAUUUACUUUAUGAGAUCAGAUAUUUCAGGAUUCUAGUGACACCUGAAGGAACAUCAGGAAACCAGUGAAUUUCAAAAGUGAGAUGGAUAAGGUCAUUAACUGUUUCAGUAAAAGGCCUGAGGCUGUAGCGAGAUUGGUCUGUUUUCCCUGGGCGGGUGGAGGCUCCAUCCACUACGCACGCUGGGGAAGACUCCUUAACCACGCCAUUGAAGUUUAUUCAGUCAGACUGCCUGGAAGGGAAGGUCGAGGAAAAGAACCCUUCUUCCAGAACAUGCAGCAGAUCCUUGAUGAGGUCCUUGGUGUGAUUUUACCGGUGCUCAAAGAGAAACCAUUUGCUGUAUUUGGACACAGUUUUGGUGCCAUGACGAGCUAUGCGUUCACUGAGUAUAUGAAGAAGGUUUACAAUCUUGAGCCUGUUCAUGUGUUUCUCUCUGGAGCUUCUGCACCUUACUCAGAAACUAGAUUGCAGGCCCCACGUAGAAGCCACCUGUCUGAUGAAGAAUUCCUCCAGUGGAUGAUCUCCCUUGGAGGAACGCCUCCUGAAAUCCUGGCCAAUCCUGAGGCGCUAAAGUUAUUCCUGCCAGCCUUGAAAGCAGACCUAAAUGUAGUAGAGAACUACAGGUGUAGCAGGCCGGCAACCCCUUUCCUGUCAUGUCCGGUGUCAUGCUUUGAUGGCAAGGAGGAUUUGCCACAUGACCUACAAGCAUUCAAGGCCAUGACAAGUGGAGAUUUCACUGUACAGAUGCUACCUGGAUCACAUUUCUACCUAAAAGACACAGCAAAUGAGAAGGUCAUUCUGGACUACAUCACAAAACAUCUAGAAACAGCUGAGAUGGACUACUUAUAAAAGACCUUUGGAUAUAGUCACUGGUCCUGUGGUUGUGAAACUCUUUGUACAACAGCAUUGUGCUCUUGCACAAGUUUAAAUGGAAAGCAUGAACACUGACAUUCUUACUUUAAAUCCUAGAGAGAUCAUGAGAUAUUUCUAUAUUUCUGUAUGAGCAUUAACUCUCCAAAUGACACCUUGACCAAAUUUACUGGAUGGACAUCAUACCAAUAAAUGAUGUUCUUACAGUUAAGAUGAUUUUAGAUAUAUUUCUUGGCUCAUUUUCAAACUAUAAUUUGCUAAAUAUCAUUUUGAUAAUGACUAAGUUGAGAAUGUCAGGUUGGGAAAUUGGCCCUAGAUUUAACCUCCUAAGGCCCAAGCUGUUUUUUUACAUGCAUUUUUUUUUAUUUCUCUUUGCUAUUUGGGCUUAUUAGAACCUGAUUAGAAUAAAAACUAAGCAUCAUCUUUUAAUAAGAUGUACUUUUAGAGAAAAAGUAUGUCCACAUAUGUGGAUUCUUGUUCCGAAUUUCUAAAAAGUGCUGUCCACGCAUGUGACCGUUAAGCCCUAGGAGGUUAAAGAUUUUACUUGUGCUAUGAAUUUGUUUUCAAUUGGUUAUGAUUGACUUUUUCAGAAAAGAAAACACUACAUACGAAGUCAAUUGUUCACCAAAAGAGAAGCAUAACAAUUAAAAUACAGUACGUUAUAUCUGUCGCUUGUAUUUUAACAUGAUUAAUUGGUUACUGAAAGUAGAAAUGAAUAAUUUUUUUUAAUUGGCUGAUACUGUUAUCUUCAAGUUUCUCAAUAAAAGUGAGGCAGGAUCCAACUCCAAUAUAGAA